AUGUGCCAGGAAGAUCAGCCAUUUCUGCAAGAGUAUCUAGGUCUAAGUUUAAGCACAGAGCUGAUCAAUGCUUUUGCUAUUGCUAUUGUUUACAGGCUGAGCUCGGCUGGUUGGCAGCGGCUGUCGCACUCUUGGAGACAUAGAAGGAGACGUCGGACGUACAGGAGCCGCGGGACAGUCGGUGAUACUGGAGAAAUAACUAGUGGACACAAAACGGUUUUUGGGUACGGAGCAGCAGCGGCUUUGGCGGCGGUCCCGCUGCUAGCGAACAAAAACCACCGAGUGUCGAGCAGCCGUUCUCUGAGUGCCGUGGAGGUGAAGAGCAAGUUUGGCGCAGAGUUUCGUCGGUUCUCUCUGGACCGUUCGAAGCCGGGCCGUUUUGAUGAGUUCUAUGGCCUCCUGCAGCAUGUGCAUCGCAUCCCCAAUGUGGAGUUGUUGGUGGGCUAUGCUGAUGUGCAUGGCGACCUGCUGCCCAUCAACAAUGAUGACAACUACUACAAGGCCAUUUCCACUGCAAGCCCUCUACUCAGGCUAUUCCUGCAGAGGAAAGAGGAAGCUGAUUACACAACAUUUGGUACCGACUCACUGUCCAGGAAAAAGAACACAGUGCUUUCUGCUGUACUUCUGCGGCCUGACACCAACAGGAAAAAACCGCCAGUGAUCAUCAGUCUCCCUAAGGACUUUCGCCCUGUCUCUUCCAUCAUCGACGUGGACAUCCUCCCUGAAACGCACCGACGUGUUCGCCUGUACAAGCACGGCCAGGAAAAACCUUUAGGUUUCUACAUCCGUGAUGGCUCCAGUGUACGGGUCACCCCACAGGGCCUGGAAAAGGUCCCGGGGAUAUUCAUUUCUCGCAUGGUGCCUGGCGGGCUUGCGGAGAGCACCGGCUUGUUGGCUGUCAAUGACGAGGUGCUGGAGGUGAACGGGAUCGAGGUGGCUGGGAAGUCUCUGGACCAGGUGACAGACAUGAUGAUCGCCAACAGCCACAACCUCAUUAUCACCGUCAAGCCAGCCAACCAGCGGAACAAUGUUGUCCGCAGUGGAGGAGGCGCUGCGUCCGGUAGCUCGGGACGCUCAUCGGACAGUGAUGCCAGUCACUAUGGCUACUCGACACAUGGCGGAGUUGGUGCUUCCGCUUCAGCACCAUCACACAUCAUCCAGAACUUCAUGGCCAGGGAUCUGGAGAGCGAUGAGGAUGAUGAGGACCUGGUGAUUGAAGCAGGAGGCGAGGCUGAACCCAUCAGACGUACCCCCUCCACCUAUAGCAUGCCUUCAAUGCCUCGCUAUGAGCCACAUCUCAACUUGCGCACUGCCACCGCCUCCACCUUCUCCAUCAAUGCCAAUGGAAUGCUGCCAGCCAGCACCAGCAGCGGAUCACUAAACCAUGCCAGUGCCACUUUGACAGCACCAUCACCAGACAGGGCAAUGAAGAAGCGGAGUCUGGAGGAGGAUGGCACUGUUAUAACUCUGUAGAACUGGGCGUUCACACAUAAACACUGGAGAGAGACAAACACAGGAACAUCCUAUUCCAUCAUACAGUGACUGAACCUGAGAAUAUGUGUAAAUAUUAAAUGUCAACAUGAAAUGUUGGUGAUUCCACCAUGUACACAUCAGACACUGCACUACCACUACUUUGCUCUUCUACACGCCAGUGACCAUGCAUGUGUGCCAUAGUGAUGACCCCCCAUUCCCCCCAGCAAAAGUAGAGACGAAGUGUAAUUUGGUGCCCCUGACCCUUAAACCACCAGAAGCACUUGUUUGGGGUUAAAAACUGUUAUGCUGAACAUCCACUGGGGGCAGAGAUGACACAAGGCCUGUUUGUUCUCAUCAGUCCUGUGAGAACAGGUGACGGUAGAAGUUAAGUGAACAAAUAAACACACGCUGAAGCCGGAUUUUAGCUCAAGAAUUUGUUGGCAAUAUGGAUUUUUUUGUUUGUUUGUUUUUGCGUUGUCACCCCCACCCCUGCACCACACUACCAUACAAUAUAGUAUCACAAAAUCCAAAGUGCUGAGAUCUGGGAAAAAAGGUUUUCUGAGGAGAAACCACCUAGAAAACAAGUUCUUCGCGUUUGCUCAGAUUUAACCAUAUCUCUCCUCCAUACCUGCUCUGUUAAUGACUGAUGAUGAAAGGUUAAUGAUUUUAAUCAUGAUGUUUGGGAGCAACUUGUCUUUUAAAAAUACCUUUAGGCCUGUGUUUUAUAUUUGAUUAUUUUGUUUCUGUUUAUUUUAUAUACUGUAUUUGUAUCACAGAAGUGACUGCAUGACCAUAAUACAUCUUGACCAACUGGAAAUUAGGAGCCACCAGAAGAGUGCUCCCAGCUGGAAAUGGGACAUCUUAGAAUGAAUUGCCUUCAUAUUGCACUCCCUCUCCUUUCCAUGACAAGGGCUAUUUCCCCUGCUGUACGUGUUCAAAUUACAAAAUGUGAAUGUGUUUUUUUUUUUUUUUUUU